CAUGGUCUCUCCCCAUCACCUCUCCCCACACCCCCAUGGCCGCCACCGCCCCAGUCCCCGCCCCUCACCGCACAUGCUCAGUGUCACGCAGCGCAUGGCGCGGGCGCUGCUGAGCUCUCUGCUCCGCUCCGCUCCGCCAUGCCGGGCCCGUUGCCUCCGGAUCCCGGUCCCUCCGAUCCCGCUCCGGAUCCCGCCGCUCCGCCGCCCGUUCUGCAGCACCGCCGCCCCGGAGCGGCCGCAGUCCAAGCAUUACCACCUGGUGUUCACCUGCAAGGUCUGCCGGACGCGGUCGGCAAAGACGAUCUCCAAGCAGGGCUACCACGAGGGUGUGGUGAUUGUCACCUGCCCGGGCUGCGGCAACCACCACGUCGUGGCCGAUAACCUGGGCUGGUUCUCCGACCUGGAAGGGAAGAGGAAUAUCGAGGAAAUCCUGGCAGCCAAGGGGGAGAAGGUGAGACGUGUGGCUGGGGAGGAAGCCUUGGAACUGCUUCUGGAAAGCUCGGCAGAUACCAGGCCUGGAGGUCAGCUCACAGAGGGAGAGAGCUGGGAGAGCCCCCCAGAGACUGACAAGGAUGGGACUCGUGAUGGCAAGAGCGACUCUUAACCUUUAUUCCCUGAUUUCAGUGGGAAGUUUCUGUGUUUAAAAUAAACUCAGGCUUUUGGUCUUUCACUUUCUGUA